CCCACCACCAUGGAUGUUGUCUUCUCUACACUCAAGCUCUCAUGGCCUUCCUUAUUUUCUCCCAACUAUCUCCACAUCCAACAAAACCUCUUCUUCAAAACUCCAUCAAUUCAGAAACCCUUUCUAAACCCACCACCACCACCAACUCAACUAAGAGAGAUUUCCUUAUCAAAACUAGUACAAUUUCCAUUUCUUCACUAGCUAUUGCACUUCAGUUCUCUCUUACUUCUUCUAUUGCUUCUGCUCAAAAUGCACCUCCCAAACCACUCCUUUCUGAAAUUGUCAGCACCAAAACAUGGUUUCAAUACUAUGGAAGUGGGUUCUCAAUUCGAAUCCCUCCUACGUUUGUUGAUAAGGCUGAGCCUGAGGAUUAUAAUGCUGGAAUGUCAUUAUAUGGAGACAAGGCCAAAACCAAAACUUAUGCAGCUCGUUUUGAAUCUUCUGAUGGCUAUGAAGUUGUAAGUGUUCUCACUCGUGCAACUAAUUCGCUCAAGAUCACUUUCCUAGAGGCCAAAGAUAUCUCAGACUUGGGUUCAUUAAAAACUGUCGCAAGAAUCUUUGUGCCAGGUGGGGCAACUUUGUAUUCUGCGCGUAUAAUCAAAAUCAAAGAGGAAGAAGGUAUCAGGAAUUACUACUUCUAUGAGUACGGACUAGAGUAUCAGCAUUUUGCAGUAGUGGUUGCUGUUAGCGGUGGCAAGGCCUACAUAGCUGGAGCAAGUGCCCCAGAAUCUAGAUGGGAGGAGGAUGGUGUGAAGCUUCGUUCUGCUGCAAUAUCACUAUCGCUUUUAUAACCACCCGAUUAAACGUUCUUUUUUAAGCACUUGGCAGUUAAUUGUUCUAGUGGCGGGAAAUCAAACCAGAUAGAACAGCUGUUGGUCCUGGAAAUGCAGAGAAUUUUUGGUCAGUUCUUCUCAGUCUAGUAUGGCGGCUAAUCGCUAAUGACAUGCUUUGCCUGGGAAAAAAGUUUUUCGACCUUCAAAUCAAGGCUGUGUAUAGGUAAGUUUUUUGGGAUCAUGAAACUCAACAGAUGACUUUGUAGGGAACUUGUUCAAACCUCCUAUCAAGUCCAUAUAUUCACUGCUUCGUAUUUGGAGUGUUCCAAUUUUUCUUA